AUGGGAGUAGGGUCUGAUAUCCUGCUGAGGAGUUUUGGGGCUGGUGGUUUGGAAGAAAUCUCAAGAGUCGAGCUUCUUGGUCCACACAAAUAUCGCCACCUGGCUGAGAGUGUUGAUACGAGACCAAAGCGCACCCUCCGACAGCCACACCAUCCAUUUCACGGUUUCCUCACUAAGUGGAAGCGCGAAUAG